CAGAAACCAGUUCAGGUUCAAUGAUAUUCCUUCCUCAUCUUCUCCCCCCAAGAUCGCUCAACUCUGCUCAAGAUGUCUGGACGCGAUGCGAUAAAUCAAGCAUUUGCUAACAACUCACAAUUACGGAAGAGAAUCUUUGACGCCAUUGACGCAACUCCCCAGUACGCACCCCUUUUCGAGGAUAUUGCUUCUUAUCACCUCAAUUCCCAUCCUCUGAACGGGUCUGCACACGACGAACCGGCCUCCAAGAAACGCAAACUCCCGGACGGCUCCUCGCUCCCAGUCGCCGUCGCGGCGCAGAAGGGUGGUCAGCCGCGCGAGGUGAUCUUCGAGGCGAGAGAUGUCUCGUUCUCGCUGCCGCAACGCAAAAAAUUACAUCUGGGCAUCGCGCAAUAUGGGACCGGGAUCAACAACGCCGGGACAAAAUUUGCCAUCUACACCAGGAACCCUGCCACCAACGAAGUCGACAUGGAGGUGCCCCUGGACCAAGUCGCCUACGCGCUGAGACUGCCCAUACCGGAGAAAGCCGCGAAACAGUACAAUUUUGUCCUGCUCCUGAAGUCGGAAUCAAGCAACAGCAACAACACUGAAGCGAUCAUCUGGGCCGUCAACGAUGGCCCGCUCAAGUCGUGCCACAUUCCCAGCCCUGACCUUGCCAAAAUCGCGCCGGGCCCCAACGACAUCCUCGAGAACGUGCUCGACCAUCUGCUUCAGAAGAGCGGGAAAGGCCUCACGUUGCCGACCGCCGAGGAGUUCUCCAGCGCCAAACCCGAAUCCCACCGGAAAGGCGACAAGGCAUAUCACGUCAAAGCCUUCCGCGGCAGCAAGGACGGAUACCUCUUCUUUCUGAGCAACGGCAUUUUCUUUGGGUUCAAGAAACCGCUCUCCUUCUUUGCGUUCGAAGACGUCGAAAGCAUUUCUUACACGUCCGUGCUGCAGAGGACAUUCAACUUGAACAUCGUCUAUCGAGCCAGCUCGGCGGAUGGAGCUGAUGGCGAUGGCAUUCAGGAGGUUGAGUUUUCGAUGUUAGACCAGGCGGAUUUCCCAGGCAUUGACGCCUACGUCAAGCGGCAUGGUUUGCAGGAUGCCAGUCUCGCGGAGUCGCGGCGUGCGAAGAAGCUCAACGCAACGGCGCUCAGCAAGGGUGCGGCGGUGCAGAACGGCGACGGAGGCAAUGCGGAAGGUGACGGAGAUGGCCGGACCGAAUUGGAGAAGGCCCAACAACAGAUUGAAGAGGAAGAGGAUGAGGAAGAGGAGGACUACGAUCCGGGCAGCGAAGGGGAGAGUGAAGGCAGUGGCGCCUCGGACGAAUCGGACGACGACUAUGAUCGCGAGUACGAGCGGGAGAGGAAGAAGAUGAAGGGCCGGGACUUGGUGAAGGAAGAAUUGGGCAGCGAGGCCGAGGACGUGAGUGUUACAGAGGAAGAGGAUGAAGAGGAUGAAGGGGAAGAAGAAGGUGACGAAGAAGGUGAUGAAGAGGAGGAAGUACACGGCGAUGAAGACGACCACUAUGACGAGCAAGACGCAUCCUACCAAGUCCCCAGCCACGAUAAGCAUACCGCAGUGUCAGGGGCUGGAGAGGCUCAUGGGGCCGACUGGGGGUAUGAAGCGGGCAUGCCCGACCCUGACGACGAGGAUCAACUGUGAUGAUGAUAACGAGGGUGUUUGUCCGCCGUUUCUAUGAGCCCGGCCUGGUGGUCAAGAGAUGAACAUGUCACGCCAGUUGCACGUUGAAUGCAUACCCCAGACGGAGUCCCGAGUACAGCUACCUAUAUCUAUGCCCGUGUAUCAUUAUGUACUAUACAAAAGUUCCCAUUCAACGCGGAUUUGCGGUCUCAGGGGAGAGAGAGGAAUUGAGUGAAUCCAGCUACACCGAGUCGAGGUGAGAGUCCUGCCCGACCAAUUCUAUCCAUCCAUUCGCCCCUCAACACCCGGAGCUUAUCGCCUGUUCGUACACGUGGCAAAGGAAGAGAAGAAAAGGCCAACAUGUGAAAACAAGACGUACGGAACAAAGGUUCUCCUAAACCGAAGACAAAGGAGCGCCCCCAUCGAAAUCAAUGCGACGAUCACCACAUUCCGACCUGGCGCAGCCUGGUCCGAAGCACCAGUGCCAGCGUCGCCUGCAGUCCCACAGCGAGUGCGAGGACGAGACACACCGUGCGCACCCUCCACGGAUGCACCCAGCCGACGUUCCCCUCGAGGGCGCUUGCGGCGAAGAGCACGAAGUUGAAACAGCC